AUGCAUCCUCUGACCAUUCCCCCUGUUUCCAGCAGGCUCUCGGUGCGCCAGCUCUUCAGGAAUCUCUUUGGGCUCAGGCAGAGCGCGCAGGAGGGCCCAGAAACCAGAGCAGACGCACAAGAGCAGGGGAACGUCGGGGACCUAGAAGAAAACAGCUCCCUGGUGCCUGCUGGGGCUGAGUCUGAGACCGGCGAGCUAGCAGGCAAAGAGCUAACAGGCAACCACCCGACCAAUGAGCUCUGUGGAGAUGCAACGGGCGACCGUAUGGGGGAGAUCUUUGGAGAGCUGAAGGAUAUCAGUCUUGGGGGCACCCCUUCCAGCCAUGGCAGGAGAUCCCCUCCUAUGCUGGACCCCACUGGCAUGGAGAUGGGAGACUCUGGUGACUGGGCCUUGUCAGACCUCUCUGAAAGCUGUAGCUGCAUUGACACCAGCGUGGAUGAGGAGGAGAAGCAGAGCAUGGGAAGUGGAGCAACAGGAGAGCCGUGUGGGCAAUGCUCUGAGACAGGAGAUGCAGGAGGAGCAUCUGCUGAGAGAUGGCCCUUGGGGAGCAGACCCUCGCUGUUCCAGCUUGUUAGGAACCUCUUUGGGCUCAGGCAGAGCGUGCAGGAGGGCCCAGAAACCAGAGCAGAUGCACAAGAGAGCGAAGACUUCAGGGACCUAGAAGAAAACAGCUCCCUGGAGCCUGCUGGGGCCGAAUCUGAGACCAGCGAGCCAGAGGUCAAAGAGCUAACGGGCAACCACACAACCAAUGAGCCCCGUGGAGAUGCAAUAGGCAACCGCAUGGAGGAGAUCCUUGGAGAACUGAAGAAUAUCAGUCUUGGGGGUGCCCCUUCCAGCCAUGGCAGGAGAUCCCCUCCUAUGCUGCACCCCAGUGGCAUGGAGAUAGGAGACUCCGGUGGCUUUGUCAACACUGCUGUGGACAAAGAUAAAACAGCCCAGAAUCCAUGCAGCGGAAUCUCUGGCAGGGAGGCAGAGAGGAUGGGAGAAGCGUCUGGUGACACAGGAACAUGGGGAAAGGCUGGGACCUCCCAGGUUCUGCAUGCUGACAACGAAGGAAUCACAUUCACUGCAGGACCCCUGGCAAUGACCCCCAAGGACUUCCAUGCCAAGAAGGAGCAAGAGCGCCUCCUGAAAGAGGAUCUAAAUGGAGGAUCUCCGAAGGCAGAGCUGUCUCCAUGGAACAAACUCAUCAACAUGUACAAGCAGGGACGGAAGCUUCCUGUUCCUAAGGAAAACCCAAUGCAGCUGGAAAUGGAAGAGGGAUCCACUCUGAAUCUAACUGUUUAUGAAUUUGCAACAUCCGAGCCUCGUCUCAUCUCUUCAAAAUCCUCCAGUACUGCCCUGAUCUGCAGGUUUCCUGAUGGCAGCGCUGGGGAAGCUGUUGGCCACUUCGGGAGAGCCCAGGUAGACCUGAGAACAAAUGGACUGGGAGCUCCUGAAGAAGACUGAGAGCCUGCUCCUAGAAGAGAUGGGACAGUGGCCCCAAGACCAAGCUUAUGUUUUGAUCACGGUGAGUCUGCAAGCCCCCUUCAUCUAGCAGAUGAAGAUGAAGAAAGAAGAUUGAGACCUAUUCUUUGGUCCCCACCAGGCUGGUGUCUGGGACAAGGCCUGUUAGCUGCAAGUUUGUUCCUGUUUCCUCUUUCAGUGUCUGUGCCUUCCUCCUUUGAAUGUUUAUCCUCUUGAUUUCUCCCAUCUCUGCCACCUGAGGGAUGACUCCAUCUGUACUAGGCUGCAAUCCACUGUAUUUUUAGAGUAAGUGUUUUACAUUGAUUGAUUGUUCUCAGUACCCCCUAAACUCACA